AAGCUGAAAAUCUGGCUAAAGCUGUAUCCUAAUAGCAUCCAUAAAGAGCUCUUUGCCAUGUCAGACUACCUUUGGUUUGAAGGGAUACCUUUCCCUACUAUAGAGUAUGAAAAAGAAAUAAUGGAAAAAUCUUGUGAUAAGUUUGUGUUCAGAGAUGAAGACACAUUCAUACUGACUUACCCUAAAUCAGGAAGUAACUGGAUGAAGGAGAUUGUCUGCUUGAUUCAGAGCAAGGGGGAUCCCACUUGGGUCCAAUCUGUGCCUAUCUGGGACCGCUCACUCUCGAUAGAGAGUCAAAGGGGAUAUCAAAAAUUAAUCAAUAAGGAAGGACCACGCCUCAUCAACUCCCACCUUCCCUUCCAUUUUUUCCCCGAAUCUUUCUUCAGUUCCAAGGCCAAGAUAAUCUAUGUCAUCAGAAAUCCCAGAGAUGUUCUUGUGUCUGGUUAUUUUUUCUGGAGUAAGACAAAAUUUGUUAAGAUUCCAGAGUCACUGACAACUUAUUUUGAAUGGUUCAUCAAAGGAAAUGGAUUUCCUGAGCUAAUCCCAGUGAGUCUCUCUAUCUGGUUCCUUCAGUCACUUGCGGAAGGCUCUCUGAUGACAAUGUGGAUAGUUACCAACCUGAUUACAGGAAAUGUGGCAUAUGGAUCAUGGUUUGAGCACACCCGUGCCUGGCUAUCCAUGAGAGAAAGAGACAACUUCCUGCUAUUGAGCUAUGAAGACUUAAAAAAGGACACAAAGAGCACCAUAAAGAAGAUUUGUGACUUCCUAGGAAAAAAAUUAGAGCCAGAUGAGCUGGAUAUGGUCCUCAAGUACAGUUCCUUCCAAGCCAUGAAGGAAAAUAAAAUGUCCAAUUUCAGUCUCAUUAAAGAAGAUAUGGCUCCUAAUGGUUUGGACCUCUUGAGAAAAGGCACAACUGGGGACUGGAAGAAUUACUUUACAGUAGCCCAAGCUGAAGCCUUUGAUAAAGUAUUCCAGGAGAAAAUGGCCGGUUUCCCUCCAGGGCUAUUUCCAUGGGAAUAAAUUCUUAAAACUGAAUAUAUAUAUAUAUGGAGAGUGGAGUUUAUUUUCCUGUUCUUGUAUAUGUGAAUGACUGGAUGUUGUCACAGAAUAAAUCCUGAUACU